AUGCUAAGGAUAUACUUGUUCUUAUUGUUACUGUACUGGACCUGGGGUUUGGAAUAUAUUCUUCUAGGAUGUUACAAGCCUUCCAAGCAAAAUAGACUUUUAAAGCAAGCGACGGGUAGUAUAAAUUGCGCUACGGAAUGCAGGAACUAUCAUUACCGGUAUGCCAGUUAUUUCGGUGGAGAAUGUUACUGCAGUAAUGAUGUAGGAGAAGAACUUUCCAAUACAAGUUGUAAAAUUUUCUGUUCACAAGUAGACUGCAAUGGCACAUACGCUCUAAGGGAUGUCUAUAUUACGGAAAAUAUGGCAACUGAAACCAACCUUUCCUUAAGGAUUGAAAACAUAACUAGCAAUAGUUGUCGGAUAUUUUGGAGCAAACCAGCGCUAAUUGCAGGUGUUGUGGGUUAUACCAUAACGGCCACCAUUCUAAAAACCUAUUCCAACUACCCUCCAACACCAAUGGUUUGGGUUUAUAGCAAUGACACAUUUCAGACAGAAAUAUCCCCUCUUAGAUCUGCUUCAGAAUAUAAUAUUAGUGUAGAAGCUAAAUACAAUGACACCAAUAAUCUAGCAGAAGCCUACCAAAUACUAGUUACCAAAAUUGGAGAGCCAGAUAAUGUGCCCUAUCAACCGGUUAUUGUCAGAGAUGAUGGAGAAAAAGUAACAAUUAAAUUAUCACAGACAACCAAUAACAAUGGACCAGUGAGUGCCUACAGAAUAAUUGUCGUUAAUUCAGAUGAUAAUCAGGGAUUUUCAAAGGAUAACAUACUGUCCUAUAAAGACGCUCAAAGGCUUGGUCUGAGCUACUACAUAGCCGCGGAAGUACGUCCAGAGGAUAUUAACAGGGAAUUUAUUGUCGGCGAUGGGAAAUUUUACGGAUCAUAUUACAAUGCACCUUUAAGUUCGGGUGUAACACAUAAAAUAAUUCUUGGCCUUGUGAGCAAUUUCAAUGGGGAAAGCAAAGUUGUUUACAGUAACGCUAGCGGUUAUAACAACGGGAUUUCAAUUUUAAACGUUUACGACAAAGAAGAUGGCAGUAUGAAUGGUGUUCCUUUGUUACAAAUUUUUAAUUUACCAUAUUGUAUUUUAGAUGACGCUCCCGCUGUUAUAAUUGGUUUAUCGGUCGCUAUCGGGCUACUUACAUUUAUGCUUAUUGCGGGAAUAAUAGGAUUUAUAAUCCUGAAGAGUAAAAUAGUUAACAGAAGACAGAGACUGUCAGAUAAUCAGGAAUUAACUUUGCAAGGGCCCAUGAUCGAAGUGGAAAAUAAUGGAUAUAUUCACGAGGAGGAACACAUACCCGCGAUUUCACACUAUCGCAACUUAAAACAAAAAGUUAGGACGAUUCCAGCGAGCCAAUUAAAAAUUGAAUCCACGAACUUGCUGGGCAUCGGAAAAUUUGGAAAAGUUAACACAGGCACUCUGCAUGAGAACGACAACCUAAUUACAGUCACUUGCUACAGUAUAUAUGAUAAGAGGAUGAAUCAAGAAACUAAGCGAGGAAUGUUACAAGAAUUGGACGUUUUAAUAAAAACCGGCAACCACGAAAACAUCUUAAAUCUCAUUGGUACAUCCGAAACGUCACAAAUGGUGGUUAUAAUAAUGGAGUACGCGUCUACAAAUUUAAAAGAUUUACUCCUGAGUAGCAGGGAUCAUUUGCCGGAUAAAUUUAGCAGCAUGUCAGAGAAACAGGCUUUCGAAUACGCCAUAGGUAUCUGUAAGGGAAUGGCGUACUUGCAUUCCACCAACAUCAUCCAUAAACAGCUUUGCGCGCGAAGUAUAAUGAUCUCUAAUGGAAGCACGCCAAAGAUAGGGAGUUACGGGAUUGCUCAAUUCUUUAGUCACAACAAAAUACCCGACUAUACGCGAUGGACGGCGUUGGAAGUAUUUAAAAGUCACCAACACCACCCCAAGAGUGACAUUUGGUCAUUCGCCUGCUUGUUAUGGGAAGUUUGCUCUCUUGGGGGCACUCCAUAUGGAAAUAUUUCGGAUAACAACGAGAUCCCUCAACAUAUAGCAAAGGGAUUACGUUUGCAGCAGUUAAAAUAUGUAGGCGAUGACAUGUACCAAAUUAUGCUGGAUUGCUGGCAGUUAAUACCAGACGAAAGGCCCGCAUUCCUGAAUCUCAUUGAAUCGUUACAACAUUUACGCGAUCAAAGUCACAAUGUGACAGACGUUCUACGUUUUAACUUGUAUUCUAGUUUUCAGUACGAACAGUUUUAUCCCGACAUGGAGUUGUCAGUACGACCUGUAUUUUAGUCCCGUAUGCGUUGGUACUUGAAAUUUACUUAAAUUAGGGAAACAUUACUUAAAAUGAUUUGUGUUGACGAUUUUUGUGUAAGAUAUCCUUCGAAACUUAGUGUAUAGGUACCAUUAUUUAUUUUGACCAUUAUAUGUGCAUGCUCCGAAGAAAAUGGUUUUUAGGUCCAAAUAAAUUAUACAAUUCAUAAAACAAAAUUGUCUGAUCUGCGCUACCGUAGGAUUUUAACGCCCUUUGACCUCAUCUUGGACCCUUUCUUCCAUUCUUAUAUAUAAAAGGACGUAAAAAUAUGCCGGUGAUUGGCCGAUUAUGACAAUUUUGUGAUAAUAAAAGCGGAUAUUUAUAUUUUAAAUAUUUUUCUCAAUAAAAACUGU